GAGAGGAAGAAGAAGACCAAUUUAAUUGGUUUUUGUUUUGAUUGUGGGUCUCGUCGCCAAUUCUGCUUAAGAGGAAUUGAUAAAAAUUUUAAGCUUGCGUCGACGUCGACGUCGUGACCUUGUGGCUUUGUGGACCUUUCAUUGUCAGUGUCAGCAGCAAGCAGCAGAAAGUAGAAAAAAUCAAUGGAAGACUUGACGCCAUUGACAAACCUUCAACAGUUUUAGUUCAAAGUUUUUACUUUCCUUAACUAUCGACGCAACCAAGGCCACUGCCCGCAUUCUUAAUUUAAUUCCGAAAAAAAGAUACAUUAUCUACAGUUUUUUGCUUUCUCGGCGAUCCCGCGAAGCGCAAACCGAAGAUGUCCGAACGUCAACCGUUGUUGCUGCAAGGCGAUGCCUCCGGCAACGGAUUAAUCAGGCCACCUGUACGCAGCUCACCGCCGGACAGUACGCUGGUCAAUGUGCACAGCGAGGACAGCAUCGCAGUGCACGCCGCAGCCAAUGGAGAUGAAGAUGAGCAGAGUUCUCAAGCUGGCGAUGAGAAUCUCAAAUCGAGCUACAAUCCUACACAUCACCGCACACUGGAGCAUCCCACAUCGAACUUUGAUACAUUGGUGCAUCUGCUGAAGGGCAACAUUGGCACUGGCAUUCUUGCCAUGCCGGAAGCCUUCAAGAAUGCCGGCCUCUAUGUCGGUCUCUUUGGCACAUUGAUAAUGGGCGCCAUUUGCACACACUGCAUGCACAUGUUGGUCAAGUGCUCCCAUGAGCUGUGCCGACGAAUGCAGCAACCAUCGUUGAACUUCUCGGAGGUGGCAUUCUGUAGCUUUGAGACGGGACCUUUGGGAUUGCGACGUUAUUCGCAUUUGGCCAGACGUGUGGUUACCACAUUCCUGUUCAUCACACAGAUUGGUUUCUGUUGCGUUUACUUUCUGUUUGUCGCACUUAAUGUGAAGGAUGUGAUGGAUCAUUAUUUCACAAUGGAUAUACGUAUCUAUCUGCUGUUAAUGCUAUUGCCCAUGAUCCUUUUGAAUCUGGUGCGCAAUCUCAAGUACCUGACGCCCGUCUCUCUUCUUGCUGCUUUCCUAACCGUUGCCGGAUUGGCCAUCAGUUUCUCCUACAUGCUACACGAUUUGCCCGAUGUGCACACUGUAAAACCCGUGGCCACUUGGGCCACACUCCCACUUUAUUUUGGCACUGCGAUCUAUGCUUUUGAGGGCAUUGGCGUUGUCCUGCCCCUGGAGAAUAACAUGCGCACUCCCGAAGACUUUGGCGGCACUACAGGCGUCCUUAACACGGGCAUGGUUAUUGUUGCCUGUCUCUACACAUCCGUGGGAUUCUUUGGCUAUCUCAAGUACGGCGAGAGUGUCAAGGGGAGCAUCACACUCAACUUGCCACAGGGCGAUAUUCUAUCGCAGAUGGUACGCAUCACCAUGGCUGUGGCAAUAUUCCUCUCCUAUACCCUGCAGUUCUAUGUGCCCGUCAACAUGGUGGAACCUUUUGUUUGCAGUCACUUUGAUACGACACGUGCCAAAAAUCUGGCAUCCACGGUGCUCCGCACGGUGCUGGUCACAUUUACCUUUUUGCUGGCCGCUGUUAUACCCAAUCUGGGUUCUAUUAUCUCACUGGUGGGCGCUGUCAGCAGCUCGGCCCUGGCUUUGAUUGCUCCACCGAUCAUUGAGAUCAUAACAUUCUAUCAUGUGGGCUAUGGUCGCUAUAACUGGAUGCUGUGGAAGGAUUUUCUCAUUUUGAUAUUCGGACUAUGCGGUUUCGUUUUCGGCACUUGGGCGAGCCUGGCGCAAAUUUUGAAUCCCAGCGUUAACUAAGAGUUGACUCCAAUAUUCAAUGUUUGUGUGCGAAUUUACGUCGAAGGCUUUUUGUAGAUUUUACUACAAACUAUAUCAAUAAGUUUCUAUAGUGUAUUUGUUUAGAUUUUGCUAUUCGUUUAACAGGUGCUCAGUUGCUGCAAGUGCUUCGAUUUUAUUUGGUUUAAAUAGCUUUUAUUUAUUAGCACAAUUCAGUACUAGACAAUAAUUAGCAUUUUUAAUCCCCAUUGAUUACUGCCUACAUAUUUUGUUUUUUGUUUAUAUCCAAUGUAAAGUGUAAAGUUUUUCUGUGUUAAAUGUUCAUUUAUUUUUUAAUCGUGAACUGAGAAUCGCACAAUGCCAAAAAAGUGAUUUCGCAUAGUAUUGAUAAACAGUUAUUGUUUAGAUUUAAUUGUUGUUAGGGUGUUAGUUUUAGGUCAAGAGCAGCUCAUUCCAAAUGCCACGGCCAAUUUCCCUAGAUGGAAUACAACUUGUUGUAUUAAAGACAUUAACUAUAAAUAUAUAGCUUAAUUGUUUUUUUGUGUGUGUCUUUCGGAUGACAUUAUUAUACUCUAUGUAUACUCUACAUAUAAAUAUAUAUUAUACACACUAACUAUACACACUUACUAUUAUGUGUAUAAGCUGUGAAAUAAGCUGAGAUCGAAGAAGAAUCAUGAUAUUAACUGGAAACUGCAGAAGCGCAAAUUUCAUAGCAUUAUAUAUAAGUACAGAUAUAGAUAUAGUACAUAUUUGCCAGAGGAUUGCUUUUUUAAUCUCUGUAAAUUAUGACUAAAACAAAUACAUGUAAUUUAAAUCGAUUUUGAAACCGUAACUAAAGACAAUAAUAAAUUGAGUUAAAAGUUUGUGAAUGUAUCAUAUACUGAA